AUGUCCCUGCUGCCCACCUUCGGCUUCACGCAGGAGCAAGUGGCGUGCGUGUGCGAGGUGCUGCAGCAGGGGGGCAACAUCGAGCGGCUGGGCCGCUUCCUCUGGUCGCUGCCGGCCUGCGAGCACCUCCACAAGAACGAGAGCGUGCUGAAGGCCAAGGCGGUGGUGGCCUUCCACCGGGGCAACUUCCGCGAGCUCUACAAGAUCCUGGAGAGCCACCAGUUCUCGGCCCACAACCACCCCAAGCUGCAGCAGCUCUGGCUCAAGGCGCACUACAUCGAGGCCGAGAAGCUGCGCGGCCGGCCCCUGGGCGCCGUGGGCAAGUACCGCGUGCGCCGCAAGUUCCCGCUGCCCCGCUCCAUCUGGGACGGCGAGGAGACCAGCUACUGCUUCAAGGAGAAGAGCCGCAGCGUGCUGCGCGAAUGGUACGCCCACAACCCCUACCCGUCGCCCCGCGAGAAGAGGGAGCUGGCCGAGGCCACCGGCCUCACCACCACCCAGGUCAGCAACUGGUUCAAGAACCGCCGCCAGCGCGACCGCGCCGCCGAGGCCAAGGAAAGGUACGAGGAAAACAACGAGAACUCCAGCUCUAACGGCCACAACCCGCUUUCCUCUUCCCUAAACGGCAACAAGGCGGUUUUGGGCAGCUCCGAAGAUGAGAAAACGCCCUCCGGGACUCCGGAUCACUCCUCGUCCAGCCCGGCCUUGCUGCUCAACUCGAACCCCGGUUUACCGCCGCUCCACGGCUUGGCCCACCCCCAGGGCCCCAGCGCCAUUCCGGUACCCAGCGCGGACCCUCUGCACCACCACAGUUUGCAAGACUCCAUCCUCAGCUCCAUGUCCUCCAACUUGGUCGACCUGGGCUCCUAAG